GAUUCGCGACGCGACGUAUUGGCGCCGCGCCGGUAGCGAUGUACUCGCCCAGUUUUUUGUUAUACCUAAUUUAAAUGUAUUUAUACAUUCUUUGGUAAUUCUUGUUUAGCUGUAAAAUUUAUUACGUUGCAAAUUAUUAACCGAAGAACCGUAGAUUCCCGAACCUGAAAUAUUAGCCCAAUAUUAGUGUUUUUUGCAAAAAUACUUAAGCAAUAGCGCCUAAAAAUGGGUUUUGAUGAAGGACACUUUGCAUUUGAUAGUCCGAAUCUCACGUAUUAUACGGGGCAAAUAGUGUACGGCAAACUAGUGUUCAAUCAGGAUAAACUUAAGACUUUUCGAGGUUUAUACGUAAAAGUAAAAGGCUACUGCGACGUCCACUGGACAAGUCAACACUCGCGCAGAGUUAAUGAGCGUACUGAACACUAUACUAAGCACCACAAUUCUCAUGAAACUUACUUUGAAAAUAAGAUCUUCUUGAUGGGUGGUACGGAUGGUGAAGUACACCUCCAGCCGGGCCACCACGAGUUCCCCUUCCAAUGCCAGAUUCCGAUACAUUGCCCAUCGUCGUUUAAAAGCGGUAACGGGUACGUCCAAUACGAAGUCAAGGCCGUCGUGGAUCGCUCUUUCAAGUUUGACCAGGAAAAAGUAGCUGUGCUGACUGUUAUUGCUCCAAUAGAUCUCAACGCGGAUCCUUAUUGUAAAGAACCAACGGUAUUUAAUUUUAUAGAGGCCUAUUGUUGCUGUUGCGUACCGUCUGGCAAUUGCGAGAUAGUGGUCCGUAUGAAUCAAUCGGGUUACUGUCCGGGACAAACCAUGCAUAUUGAGCUGGACUGUGCUAAUCGAAGCAGCGUCGAAAUCGAUGAAAUCGUUUUCGAGGUUAAAAAGACUAUAGAAUUCCGCGCUACGCAUGAACCGGACACUCGCAGCGAUAAAGACGUUAUAGCAGAACUAAAGAAAGGUCCGAUCCCUGCUAACACCACGCGCAACUGGGCGUUAGAAAUGGAGAUACCGCAUAUGGAAGUAUAUAAUUUGAAUGCAUGUUCUUAUAUUGACAUUGAUUAUAAAUUUAAGGCGACAAUCACCCCGUCAGGCUGUCAUUCAGAUUCCUCGGCUUCAAGACGUCUGAUAAUAGGAACUAUUCCGUUGCGAGAAUUUGAACCUGAUGUACCACUCGCGGAAUACCCUAAUGCUCGACCUCUUGAAACCAAUCAAGCAUACCCACCAUCAAACCAGACGUAUCCGUCGCCAAACCAACAGUACCCAGCCGUAAACCCAUAUCCACCUGCUGGCAGCCCUUACCCAGGUGGAAACCAACCUUACCCAGGCGGAAACCCACCUUACCCAGGCGGAAACCCACCUUACCCAGGCGGGAACCCACCUUACCCAGGCGGGAACCCACAUUACCCAGGCGGAAACCCACCUUUUCCAGGCGGAAACCCACCUUACCCAGGCGGAAACCCACCUUAUCCAGGCGGUAACCAACCUUACCCAGGUGCUAACCUUCCACCUUAUCCCAAUGUGGCACCGACGCUAGGUUUCCCAGCGGGAGGUGACGAAAAAGGCAGUGUUACAAUGCCAUUGCUUCCUCCUACAGCCGCUGUCCCUUAUCCACCAAUGCCGUCUCCUUAUGCAGCUGCCAGCGCUCCUGAACCCAGCACUCCCGACGUCGCUGAAGAUAAAAAGCUGAUGCCAGCCCCGCCGGCGAAUAACCCCGUUAAAAGUGAUAAACAAUGAGUUACCACCUUUUUAAUUUCAUUCACUAUUAAAAUGUAGUUGAAAAUUUAAACAAGCCAAAACAUUGCUUCAAAAUUUGUUAUUGGUGACUUUGAUUUUUCUACUACAUUUCACAUAAUAUGUGAUUAAUGGAUAUUAUUCAUUUGUAUUGCUUUUGCAUUGCAAAUAAGUAAUUCCACCGCAAGUAAGUGUCUAAUAUUAUCGCACACUUUUGCUCUAUUUCGAAGAAUUUUAAUAAUGUUGUC